UCUAACAACCAGAGCAACAAUUAACAUAGGUAAAUGGAAUGUUCGGACAAUGUGGUAGACCGGGAGCACCAGUCAAACAGCUGUGAAAAUGAGGAGACACAACUUAGAGAUGUUCAGAAUAAGCGAAACCCAUUGGACACAAGCUGAACAGAAAAAACUAGCCUCGGUGGAUGUGCUGUUGUACUCUGGUCAUGAAGAAGAAAAUGCUCCGCACACACAAGGAGUUGCACAAAUGCUGUCCAAAGAAGUACAUAAAGCAUUUGCCGGAUGGGAAUCUUAUGAAUCCAGAAUCAUCAGCGCAUCCUUCGGAACAAAGGAGGGGAUUACUAGGAGUGUCAUCCAAUGCUAUGCACCCACCAAUGAUAGGAACGACGACGAUAAAGAUCAGAUUUAUGAGGUGCUGCAGUCGACCGUAGAGAAGUGCUCAGAAAAGGAACUGACCAUUCUGAUGGAAGACCUAGAUGCGAAAGUCGGAAUUGACAACACCGAAGGAGUUGCACAGAUGCUGUCUAAAGAAAUACAUAAAGCAUUUACCGGAUGGGAAUCUCAUGAAUCCAGAAUCAUCAGCGCAUUCUUCAGAACAGUGUUGUGGAAUCAGACGAUGUAGAAAGUUUUACCUACUUUAGCAGCAUCAUCAAUUAAAAGUAGGAUUUGAUGCAGAUGUGAAGGCACGUAUUGUCAAAGCAAGGGCAGCGUUCUUGCAAUUGCAGAACAUAUGGACCUCAGAAUAACUGUCAGACAACAUUGAAAUCAGAAUCUUCUAUUCGAACGUCAAGACAGUCCUACUGU